AUGUCGGGGUAUCCUGGCGGCGGUGGCGGCGGCCACCACGACGGGUACGACGGCCACCAGCAAAAUAACCAAACCGAUUCAUACUAUCAGGAUGAUCAGUACUAUGACAACAAUUACGAUGCCCAUGGUGGAGGCCAGGGCGGUAACCACGGAGGAGACGGUUACUAUGAUGAAUCAGGAUAUUACAAUGCGGAUCCCAACAAUCCGUACCAUCACGACGGCGGGUAUUAUGAUGGCGAUGAUCAAUACCAUGACGAGUACCAAAAUCAUGGAGGCUACUACGACCAAAACUACAACCAAGGCCAUCGCCAAGGAUCUGAAGAGGAUUCUGAGACCUUCAGUGAUUUUACAAUGAGUUAUGGCGACCCUCAGUCUAGCAACCGAGGGUACAGACCUCCAUCCUCCCAAGUUUCUUAUGGCGGUAAUCGAUCAUCGGGCGCGUCAACACCCAACUACGGCAUGGACUAUGGUAACGUCUUGCCAGCCGGACAACGCUCCCGCGAGCCCUAUCCAGCCUGGACUUCAGAUGCCCAAAUCCCUCUGUCCAAAGAGGAGAUUGAGGACAUCUUUAUGGAUCUGACUUCUAAAUUCGGAUUCCAGAGAGACAGCAUGCGCAACAUGUAUGACCACUUCAUGACCCUGCUGGACUCCAGGGCCUCUCGAAUGACGCCCAACCAAGCCCUUCUAUCACUGCACAGCGAUUACAUUGGUGGUGACAAUGCCAAUUAUCGCAAGUGGUACUUCGCCGCUCAUCUGGAUCUGGACGACUCUGUCGGUUUCGCCAAUGCCACUGCCAAGGGCUUGAAGCGCAAGGCGAAGAACAAGAAGAAGGGAAAGCAGGAGGAUCCUACCAACGAGGCGGAAAUGCUGCAAGACCUUGAAGGUGAUGACAGUCUUGAGGCUGCCGAGUACCGCUGGAAAACCCGCAUGAACCGCAUGUCCCAGCAUGAUCGAGUUCGUCAAAUCGCCCUCUACUUGCUUUGCUGGGGAGAGGCGAACCAAGUUCGAUUCAUGCCAGAGUUGCUCUGCUUCAUUUUCAAGUGUGCGCAUGAUUAUCUUCUUUCUCCAGCAUGCCAGGCGCUCGUUGAGCCCGUGGAUGAAUUCACGUUCCUCAACAACAUCAUCACGCCUCUCUACCAGUAUUGCCGAGAUCAAGGCUACGAAAUCCUCGACGGUGUUUACGUCAGACGUGAGCGAGAUCACAAGCACAUUAUUGGUUACGACGACUGCAACCAACUUUUCUGGUACCCUGAAGGAAUCGAGCGCAUUGUUCUCCAGGACAAGAGCAAGCUCGUCGAUGUUCCUCCUGCCGAGCGUUACUUGAAGUUGAAGGAUGUCAAUUGGAAGAAGUGCUUCUUCAAGACCUACAGAGAAUCUCGUUCUUGGUUCCAUCUUCUGACCAAUUUCAACCGUAUCUGGAUUAUCCAUCUCACAAUGUUCUGGUUCUAUACUGCCCACAACGCCCCCACUCUGCUGGUGAAGGAUUACGAACAGCAGGUCAACCAGUCACCUUCCGCUGCCAAACAAUUUUCUAUUGUUGGUUUCGGCGGUGCCAUCGCGUCUCUGAUUCAAGUUCUUGCAACCUUGGCAGAAUGGGCCUAUGUUCCCAGAAGAUGGGCCGGCGCGCAACAUCUUACCAAGCGGCUCUUCUUCCUCCUCUUCAUGCUCAUUCUCAACAUUGCCCCUGGUGUUAAAGUUUUCAUGUUUGCCGACAAGAAUCCAAACUCGACAAUUGAUCAUGCCCUUGGAAUCGUGCAUUUCAUCAUUGCCAUCUUCACUUUCCUGUUCUUUGCCGUUAUGCCUCUUGGUGGCUUCCAAACAUUCACGGCUGCCUGGGCGACGUUGCCAUUCAAUGACAUGGCUGUCUCAUACUUUCUAUGGCUGACGGUUUUCGGAGUCAAGUUUGGAGAGUCAUACGUUUUCUUGGCACUCUCAUUCCGUGAUCCUAUGAGAUAUCUUUCAAUCAUGCACCUGCAGUGUCAGGGCGAUAAUUUGUUUGGUACCGCUGCCAACGUUUUGUGCAAGAACCAACCUAAGAUUACUCUGGGUCUCAUGAUAUUCACGGACUUGCUCUUCUUUUUCCUCGAUACAUAUCUGUUCUAUGUCUUGAUCGCUGCAAUCUUUUCCAUCGCAAGAUCCUUCUACAUUGGUUCGUCGAUCUGGACACCUUGGCGAAAUGUCUUCUCUCGUCUGCCGAAGCGCAUCUAUUCUAAAGUCUUGGCAACCACGGACAUGGAAAUUAAAUAUAAGCCCAAGGUCCUCAUUUCUCAAGUCUGGAAUGCUAUUGUCAUCUCCAUGUACCGAGAGCAUCUUCUCGCCAUUGACCACGUGCAGAAGCUGCUGUAUCAUCAAGUUCCGUCUGAACAAGAAGGAAAGAGAACAUUGCGAGCUCCGACCUUUUUUGUUUCUCAAGAAGAUCAUUCUUUCAAGACAGAGUUCUUCCCUAGCAAUAGUGAAGCAGAACGCCGAAUUUCUUUCUUCGCUCAAUCGCUGUCUACUCCUAUUCCGGAGCCGCUGCCAGUGGACAACAUGCCGACUUUUACUGUCAUGAUUCCUCACUACGGUGAAAAGAUUCUCCUUUCUCUUAGAGAGAUUAUUCGUGAAGAUGAGCCCUACUCUAGAGUCACGCUUUUGGAGUAUCUCAAGCAGCUUCACCCUCACGAAUGGGACUGCUUCGUCAAAGAUACCAAGAUCCUGGCUGAUGAGACAUCUCAAAUGAACGGUGAUGAGGAGAAGAAUGAGAAAGACACGGCCAAGAGCAAAAUCGAUGAUCUUCCAUUCUACUGUAUCGGAUUCAAGUCUUCUGCCCCCGAAUAUACCCUUCGCACGCGUAUUUGGGCUUCGCUACGCUUCCAAACACUGUACCGAACAAUCUCUGGUUUUAUGAACUAUAGCCGUGCUAUCAAAUUGUUGUACAGAGUCGAAAACCCUGAAGUCGUGCAAAUGUUCGGUGGUAACACAGACAAGCUGGAGCGAGAGCUGGAGCGCAUGGCCCGCCGCAAGUUCAGAAUCUGUGUGGCCAUGCAGCGUUAUUCCAAGUUCAAGAAGGAAGAAAUGGAAAAUGCCGAAUUCCUACUCCGCGCGUACCCUGAUCUCCAAAUUGCUUACCUGGAUGAGGAGCCUCCCGUUGCUGAAGGCGAAGAGCCUAGACUGUACUCUGCCCUCAUUGACGGACACUCUGAAAUCAUGGAGAAUGGUCUGCGACGCCCCAAGUUCCGUGUCCAGCUUUCUGGCAACCCCAUUCUUGGAGACGGAAAAUCCGACAACCAAAACCACGCGCUCAUCUUCUACCGCGGCGAAUAUAUUCAGCUUAUCGAUGCCAAUCAAGACAACUAUCUGGAAGAAUGUCUGAAAAUCCGAAGCGUGCUCGCCGAGUUCGAAGAGAUGAAGACUGAAAACGUAUCACCUUAUACCCCUGGUGUGAAGAACAACUCACCUGCGCCUGUUGCUAUUCUUGGUGCCCGUGAGUACAUUUUCUCGGAAAACAUUGGUGUUCUUGGUGAUAUUGCUGCAGGAAAGGAACAGACGUUUGGUACUCUGUUUGCACGUACUAUGGCUCAAAUCGGAGGCAAGCUCCAUUACGGUCACCCUGAUUUCCUCAACGGUAUUUUCAUGACAACCCGUGGUGGUGUUUCAAAGGCUCAGAAGGGUUUGCACUUGAACGAAGAUAUUUUCGCUGGUAUGAAUGCCAUGUUGCGAGGAGGUCGAAUCAAGCACUGCGAAUACUAUCAGUGUGGUAAGGGUCGUGAUUUGGGUUUUGGUUCCGUUCUUAACUUCACGACCAAAAUCGGUACUGGUAUGGGCGAGCAGCUUCUUUCUCGAGAGUACCACUACCUGGGAACCCAACUUCCCCUGGAUCGCUUCUUGUCAUUCUACUACGCUCACGCCGGUUUCCACGUCAACAACAUGUUGAUUAUGCUGUCCAUUCAAAUGUUCAUGAUUACACUCAUGAACAUCGCCGCUCUUCGACACGAGACGAUCAGAUGCAGAUACAACCGAGACGUUCCCAUCACCGAUCCUUUGUUCCCUACUGGCUGUGCCAACACGGACGCAUUGAUGGAUUGGGUCCAACGUUGUGUUUUCUCAAUCUUCUUCGUCUUCUUCCUGGCUUUCGUUCCUUUGAUUGUGCAGGAAUUGACUGAGCGUGGUAUCUGGAGGGCCCUCAGUCGAUUCUUGAAACAAAUCCUGUCGCUUUCACCGUUCUUUGAAAUCUUCGUCACUCAGAUUUACGCGAACUCUGUGCAACAGAACAUUUCAUUUGGCGGUGCUCGAUACAUCGGAACAGGUCGUGGUUUCGCCACAGCACGCAUUCCCUUUGGUGUUUUGUACUCUCGAUUCGCUGCCCCGUCAAUCUAUUUCGGUGCCAGAUUGUUGAUGAUGCUUCUGUUUGCAACUGUCACCGCUUGGCAGCCUGCGCUCGCCUACUUUUGGAUCAGUUUGCUUGGAUUGACCAUCUCUCCUUUCUUGUACAACCCGCAUCAAUUUGCAUGGACCGACUUUUUCAUCGAUUAUCGUGACUAUCUUCGUUGGCUGUCGCGUGGUAACUCGCGAUCGCACGCUUCUUCAUGGAUUUCAUUCUGCCGAUUGUCUCGUAUCCGAGUUACUGGUUACAAGCGCAAGCAUUUGGGUGAUGCAUCAGCCAAGAUGUCGGGAGAUGUUCCCAGAGCAGCCAUCGCUAAUAUUUUCGCCACUGAAAUCGUGACACCACUCAUCCUCGCUGUCCUCACACUGAUCCCAUACCUCUUCUUGAACGCGCAAACCGGUGUGGAGCGGGACAAUCAAAAGGUUGCAAAGGGCCAGACAGCUGCCCCCAUUCAGCCUACCGACUCUCUCAUCCGAAUCUUGAUCGUCGCUUUCGGACCAGUCGCCGUCAACGCUGGUGUGCUAAUGGUUAUGUUUGCCAUGGCAUGUUUCAUGGGACCUCUGUUGAGCAUGUGCUGCAAGAAAUUUGGCAGUGUCCUGGCCGCUAUUGCACACGCCCUUGCAGUCAUCUUCAUGUUGGUCUUCUUUGAGGUGCUGUUUUUGCUCGAAGGCUUCAACUUUGCCCGUACCAUGGCCGGCAUGAUUGCAGUCGUAUGCAUGCAGCGAUUCUUGUUCAAGCUCAUUAUUUCGCUGUUCUUGACGCGAGAAUUCAAGGGCGAGGGAUCCAACAUCGCCUUCUGGACUGGUAAAUGGUACUCCAUGGGCUGGCACACCGUCACACAGCCUGCCCGUGAGUGGCUUGCCAAGGUUACAGAACUCAGCAUGUUUGCAGCUGAUUUUAUUCUCGGACACUGGUUGUUGUUCUUCAUGAUCCCCGUCAUCCUGAUUCCUCGGGUUGAUAUGUUGCAUUCAAUGAUGCUCUUCUGGCUUCUGCCAAGCCGACAAAUUCGUCCUCCCAUUUACUCCAUGAAGCAGUCAAAACUCAGGCGCCGUCGUGUCAUUCGCUUUGCUAUUCUCUACUUCGUUCUCGCCAUCGUCUUCAUCGCUCUGAUUGUCGGACCGAUCUUUGCUGCCAAAUCCAUUCCAGACUCAUUGAACAAGUCCUUGUCUGAUAUUGCAGGCUUCCGACUGCUACAGCCAAACCACCAAAACAAUGAUAACACAAAUGGAACCCAACAAACUGGCACAGGCGCGUCAGACUACACCGGCGCUGGCAGGAAGACGACCACAUCAGGCGCGGGUGCUGAUUCCACUGGCAAGAUCAGACUAUUUUGA